CGUUCCUCCUCCCUGUCUCUCCCGACUCUCGACGAUCCUCACCCUCCCUCAUAGUCGCUCGCCCUUCAUUCCUGGUAAUCGAUUUGGGAACCACAGUUUGUGUAACAGUUUGCUUGAGACGCAACCGGCCCUCAUAUGGGAUCGUUGCAAGAAAGUUUGAAUAGGUUCAAGAAGCAACAGGAGAAAUGCCAGUCCACACUUAAAAGCAUUGCAGGUUCUAAAACAACCACCAAGACAACUGCUCCUCCUCCUCCUAGAGCUGUGCCUGCAAGCACCUUGGCAAAGUCCCCUCUUCCUGCUGUCAAAUUCUCCAAUGACACGGAGAGGCUGCAACAUAUUAAUAAUAUAAGGAAGAGCCCUGUAGGAGCCCAGAUCAAAAGAGUGAUUGAUCUACUGUUUGAGUCAAGGCAAUCCUUUACAGCGGAACAAAUAAAUGAAGCAUGUUAUGUUGAUGUCAAAGGCAACAAGGCCGUGUUUGAGAGUUUGGCAAAGAAUCCUAAAGUGAAUUAUGAGGGGAAGCGCUUCUCGUACAAGUCCAAGCAUAAUGUGAGAGACCAGAAAGAACUUCUUCGUUUAGUACGAACAUUUGCAGAGGGUAUUGCUGUUGCUGAUCUUAAGGAUGCCUACCCAACGGUCAUGGAAGAUUUACAGGCCCUGAAAGCUGCUCGUCAGAUCUGGCUUCUAUCGAAUUUUGACUCUCAGGAAGAUAUUGCGUAUCCUAAUGAUCCUCGAGUGCCCAUCAAGGUUGAUGAUGAACUAAAAGGGCUAUUCAGGGCAAUCGAAUUGCCACGAGACAUGCUGGAUAUCGAGCGGGAGUUGCAGAAGAACGGGAUGAAGCCAGCCACAAACACGGCUAAAAGGAGAGUAGCUGCUCAGAACUUUGGCAUAUUAACUAAACCAAAACAGAAGAAGAAGAAGACUGAGAUCAGCAAGAGGACAAAGCUCACCAAUGCUCAUCUUCCUGAGCUUUUUCGAAACCUUAAUGGCUGACUUCACUUCAUUUGGCUUGGUAUAUAUAUAUAUAUAUGAGAAGUGUUUACGAUCAUAUUUUGUAAUUUGCAUCACGAUUUCAUCUUUUUCGAUCGAAAUGAAAUGGUUAUCGAGUGUGGAGCUUUCGUUC